AUGACUGCUUGGAAAGAAAAUUUGACCAAAUCAAAUAUUACAACUCAAAAUAGAAGUUUGACUGGAAGGGCCUGGCUGAAUAUUAGUGUUGAUCUUCGAGUCCCUGAUAAUCUUUCUAUUCUUCUAGACAAGGGCUCUUAUAAGGAUUGCUGGAUGAAUGAGUAA